GCAGCAACUUGUCCCUCUUGCAGCUACAGCUUAGCCUAUAAAUUGGUAAUCCUGCACGGCAAUUCUUCAAGCCAGUUCAUCAUUUGCAACUUAGCAAGAAUAUAUACUUCAAUUGGUGCAGUUUGGAGCAAUGGCUUUCAAAGCAACCCUCUUUGUGUUCCUCUUGGUUGCUGCAGUGGCGAUAGUACUAGUUCCAAUGGCAGAAGCUCAACUUGGGCUGAUCAGCGGCCUCCUUGGUCUCAUUCGCAUACAAGGAACUCUAUUCUGCACUCCCAACGGUAAUGUGGGUACCGGUGGUGCUACCGCUACCCCAGUAUUCUCAAAUGCUACUGUUCAACUGUUGUGUGGAACUGCGGGGAAUGUGAUUUCAACUGUGACAACUAAUGGUAGCGGAAUCUUUUCAAUCUUGUUGGACCCUCUCCAGUUUCUUCUCAAUUCACUACUGUCGGAUUGCAAGCUGCUGGUUAGGACACCGCUGUCCGCCUGCAACGCAAGUCUAUCCGGGUUGACUGGCCUUCUCUCAUCACCGUUGCAGUUUAUCGGAAAUACCAUCGCUGGCCUCCUCAGCAUCGUCAACAUCAUUCCAGUCGGCUUCAACCUCAUAAAUAAUUAAGGGAAUGAUAUGCACGGAUAUGGUCGUUGCAUAUGCAGCAGUGCUUCUUAUAUAUAGAUAAAUCGAUCGAUAAGGUCAAAAUAAGAUGUAACGUUUGAAUUGUACCCCCUUAGUUUGUCUUCCAAGUAUUUGUUUUUGUUAUGUAUCCUGGUAUGCUACUGCUUAGAAGUAGUAUUCUGCCAAGUAAUUAAUAAAGGCCAUGUCUUAAUACUUGUUUUCGA